AUGCGAGAUGGCAGAGAUAAGGCGGGUUCGCCGAAACCGAAACCCAAGGAUAGACUAACUCUUUACAAAGAAUAUAGACUGAUUGAAAGAAAGGAAACUGAAAUAAGCGGUUCGUGGAAAGGUACCCAUCUGCUUUUCUUCUUCUUAGCCUUUGUGUUCGGAUCGUUUUGCACAUUUUGCUUCCAUGUACUAAUGUAUUUGUUUGACGAGAAGUGCGUAUUGUUCCCAAAACUACUUUUGUUGAAGGAGCUACGUCAUAGCGUCUUAUAUGACUACAUACCAAAUGCAGGAUUAAUCGAAACGUUACCUGUGGACUUCGUGACUACUCACUGGAUGGAUAAAAGCACGUGCUACCUACCGACUUAUGUGCCCCUGAUAUCUGGUAUAUUUGGCCUUGUGUGGACAACUAUGUUUCUCAUGUUCUCGUCAGGUAGUAAAACGUUGGGAUUGCAACGCUCCUGGCGCCUGCUGCCGUACGUAAUCGUUUUUUCGGUGGCAAUGAGCUGUUUAUGCAUUUACACCUCGGCUGUUACCACCUCGGGCUUGUUGGAUCUCUGCGCGAAGCUUUCAGAAGUCACCGGCUCUGCAACGUGCUCAUACACCAUAAAUGUAGUCACACUGGCGUUCGAGAGACGCAUCCGGGGUGUGUUCCAAGCCAUCCAACUAACUAUUGUCUCCGCGUGGCUACACACUUGCUGUUGGGUACUGACGGCAGUCGUGGCUCUCGUUCGGGUCUUAUUUGUCAUCGACUUCAGACUCGUCUGCAUCAGCGCUAACCUCUGCGGCAAUAUUGAGAAAAUGCUCGAACGCCACGAAAAACAUAUACGAACUGUAUCCCCUGAGCAAGGCACAAAGGACAACUACACAAACACACGUAUGCACGCACAUAACUCGUGUGAUUCUAUUAAAGUACGAUUUACAAACAAAGAAUUUACUCAUGGAAGUGAACAAAUACUCCACUAUAUGUUUUCCAAUGCGCCUGAGUCAGUUUCAGCGUCGCGUGUACCUGAAGAGAAAGAGAAGCUACUUACAUCAGAGCUUCUAAGCCAACAUUCAAAAGAAUGCUCAUUUAUAAAAAAAAAUCUAUAUGAUGCACUGUACUCGGCAUUACGUAGUUCAUCAGAUGAUGAUGAUGAAGAUAAUGAUAACAUUGAGCCGUUAGACGUAACGGAGGAGGAGAGUAAUGAAGGUAAGAAAACAGUUGUGCGACAAUAUGGAAACCCAAGAUUGCAACAGGCUCCGCCUGCCGAUAGCACUCCCGACGACAGUCUAUCGAUCAUUCAAUCAAAAGAUUCAUGUCAAAAAAACAUCGAAUGGAAGGAAGUGUUUUCACGUAGACAUCACAUACAUGGAGCAGACUGGAUAAAAUCAAAGUCGAAAGAUAGUUCUAAGCGGAAAUAUGAAAAUACGCAAAAAAAAACAGAGCGAAUAGUGCUAAAUGCUAAAUCCGAUGAAACUAUGCUCUCAACAAUUACUUUAAAACCGAAAUCUAGAAAUCUCAUUGCAAGUGAGACAGAAAUACAGCAGAAAGUUCCGAUCGCACAAUCCGAAGUGGCGUCAAACCGUCGAGCAUCCUUUGAAUCUCUAUCUGCAAGAUUCAGAUUUGCGACUGGAUCGAAAGAAUCUGUAGCCUCGACAUCUCAAGAAAUGCAGUCAGCAGCUCUGGCAACAAACGACAAAACCAUUCCGCAGACUACAUCUUUUUCUAAACUUAAACGCUCACCUCGGCCAUCUCGUGUUUCACAUUCACAGGACCAGCAAUCUGGAGAUUUAACAAACGACGAUGAUGGAAGUUACCAUCCGCCGCUAUCGACCAAGGAUGAAGGAACACAAACACGGAAAAAAGAAAAACAAGAUUAA